UUGCAUCGCCACCGGCGGCGGCGGCAAGAGAUUGCAAACCGCCGCCACCGGCGAAACCGACCGCCGAUCCAGAUUCGGAAACGCCGGCGCCAUUGCUCGCGCGUCCCGCUCCACUCCACUGCGGCGGCCGGCGGCACUCCCUGAAUAAAUACAGUAUUGUAAGACCCACGCCGCUUCGCUUAAACAAAAAAGUCGUCGCCGAUGUCGCCAGAUCCACCAACCACUUGCUGCUCCUGCUCCUCGUCACCAACCUGCUGCUGCUCAUGCCGCCUCUCUCCACCGCCUCCGCGCCGGCGACGCACCAGCUGCGCCUCUGGUGGCGCCGGCUCGGCCGCCGCGGCGCCGCCGGGGCGGCAUUCGGGGCCGCGCUCCUCGCCGCCGCCUUCUUCCUCACCCUCUCCCGCUACGCUUCCGUCCCAUCCACCUCUUCUUCCACCUCCCCGUCCUACGGCCACCGCCUCCCCACGCUCGUCGACCUCACCCUCGUCGACGGCGCCAAGGACAAGGGCGCAGUGUGCUUGGAUGGGACGCCGCCUGGAUACCAUUGGCUCCCGGGAUUCGGGGAUGGAUCCGACAAAUGGCUCCUCCACUUGGAGGGUGGAAGCUGGUGCAGGAAUUUGACAUGGUGUGCCCAGCGUAAGAAGACUAGUCUUGGUUCCUCCGCAUACAUGGAGAGACGGGCCGAGUUCGUUGGCAUCUUGAGCGACGAUGAAUUGCAGAAUCCAGAUUUUUACAAUUGGAAUAAAGUGAAGGUAAGGUAUUGUGAUGGAGCUUCGUUUUCUGGAAACGUUGAAGAGGAAUUACAGGAUGGCACCAGUUUCUUCUUCAGAGGUCAGCGUAUCUGGGAAGCAGUUAUGAGUGAACUUCUAUCGAAGGGUCUAUCCCGUGCUAAAGAGGCUUUUCUAACGGGGUGCUCGGCUGGGGGUCUAUCCACUUACAUUCACUGUGAUGACUUUCGUGCCCUUGUACCAAAGGCAUCUACUGUUAAGUGUCUUGCGGAUGGUGGUUUUUUUCUUGACGUAGAAGACGUUUCUGGGAGAAGGUAUAUGCGGGGAUUUUACAAUGAUGUUGCUCGCCUACAGGAUCUGCGGAAAAAGUUUCCUCGUUGCAGUUCAAAUAUGGAGCCAGGGCAGUGUAUUUUUCCACGCGAAGUUGCAAAAGGCAUCAGCACCCCAAUGUUCAUUCUCAAUCCAGCAUAUGAUGUUUGGCAGGUUGAACAUGUUUUGUCUCCAGAAGGGUCUGACACCGAACGUUUGUGGGAAAGUUGCAGAUUGGAUAUUACUAAAUGUGAUUCUAAACAGCUUGAAACUCUACAAGGUUUCCGAAAAGAGUUGCUUGAUGCUAUAAGUGAAUACAAGAAGAGAAAAGACUGGGGCAUGUUCAUCAACUCCUGCUUUAUACACUGUCAGUCAAUGAAUGCCUUGACUUGGCACUCUCCAUCUGGCCCUAGAAUGAAUGGCAAGACCAUCGCUGAAUCAGUGGGAGACUGGUUCUUUAACCGGAGAGAGGUGAAGGAAAUAGACUGUGAAUACCCCUGCAACCCGACAUGCCACAAUGCCAUUCUCAGCCAGGCGUACAAGGAAGAAUGACAAUGUUUUCCGCUUUAGCAUUUCGAUGAUUUACUCGGUCGAAUGUCGCCCAGAUUUGAUUCACACAUGUACUUGUGAACCGUUGAAAUAUAUACUAGGAAUUGUGCAUUUGCAGCGAGAAAAAAACUCUUCACCCGACCUGUAUUAAUGUAUUUAGUUUUUCUGUUCUU